UCAUAAAUUUACGCCCAGAUUGUUAAAUCCAACCUGGCUCUGAGGCCAUGUUAGUGUAAAUAAAUUCACUCGAUUAGGAUCUAAAGAGAGAGCUGGACAGAAAAAACAACAAUGAACAAAUUGGAAGCUGAAUGGUUUCUUUUCUCUCUUGCUAAAGUUGCAGAGGAAUAUUUUCUCUGUGUGUUAAAGAGAGCACGAAGCUCUUGCUUUUACAUAACUGUUGGCCUUUAACUUGGGACCACACAUACACUACAUUUCAUCUUAGUCACUCAUCUACCUAAUUAAAUGGAUCAACCAACACAUGGCACUCAUGGCCUUUUACAAAACAGAACUUUACACUUGGCAUUAUUUUGCACAAGUGGAUACACCAAUUUAAGAAAUCUUAUUCUAAACUUUUCAGCUCAACACUUAUAAUUCAACAAUCGGUUCGGCAAUACAAACAUAAUCACUGCCAUUUUUCAGUUGUGAUCUGAACCACUGCAGUGCCAUAACAGUGGAUACCGCCAUGACAGCCCACGAAGCCUCCUCUUCAUCCUCCUCCAAGUCAAACUUUGGAAUUACGGCGUGUUCUUGAGCUUCCGAGGCGAAGACACGCGCAAGGGCUUCACAGGCCACCUCCACGCGGCAUUCAAAGACGGGAUACCAGGCUUAUAUGGAUGAGGACGAUCUAAAAAGAGGGGAAGAAAUAAAAGACGAACUGUUCCGGGCAAUCGAAGAGUCGCGGAUCUCUAUCAUUGUCUUCUCAAAGAGGUAUGCGGAUUUGAGUUGGUGUCUUGACGAGCUGGUGAAGAUCAUGGAGUGCAGAUCCAAACUGGGGCGACAUGUUUUGCCAAUAUUCUAUCAUGUUGAUCCUGUUGAUCCUUCACAUGUCAGGAAGCAGGACGGAGAUUUAGCCGAAGCAUUUCAUAAGCACGAAGAGGGCAUCGAUGAAGAAAAAGAUGGCAAGAAACGUGAAGCUAAACAAAAAAGGGUAGAGCAGUGGAGAGAGGCUCUUACAAAAGCUGCAAACUUGUCUGGCCACCACCUUCAAAUCACUGACAAUGGGUGAGGGACAGAAGUCCCCGGCAGCAAUCUCUUUGUGAUCAUUGCUGGGAAAAUAUCAUGGUCAUUUUGAGUUCGGAUUCAGCUAGCAUGUGGUAAAAUGUAUCUUAUUCAUGCAGUUCAAGGUGAUGCAUUCAAGUCUCGCAGCGACGCGCGGGCACAUUUUCUAGUACGAGCAAAAAGCAAUCUCGAAGACAGACAAGGAAGCUUUGAUCUCAUUAGCUACUGCAUUAAACAGAUGCAUCAAACAAAAGCAAUCUCGAAGACAGACAAGGAAGCUUUGAUCUCAUUAGCGUAAAAUUACAUGAAAUGGGCCCAGUCUAAAACUUAUAAGAGGCUAAGUUGUACAUUUGUUGAAUUCAUCUAGCGAGGGCUAUUUCUUUAUCUUAUCAAACAAAUGAUAUACUUCUGCUUUCAGAAAGAGAGAAUACAAAUACAUGGCAACGAUCAAAGUUUAAGUUCCUCGCUACUAAAGCAUACCUCAUGGCUCAACCUAAUAAAUUUAACAACUACUCUCAGCUCUAAAUCUUAAGAAUAAUCAGAAAUCCAACAACUUCAAUUCGCAACCUAUGCAAAAACUUUCAGCUUUUCCCUCGAAUUUUCCUCCAUUUUCUCAGCAACCAAACACAACACUAACAUACAAAGCAAUGAAGUUUGAAACAGAAAUCGAAACUCACAUCGCGGCCUGUGUGGUGGGAGGAGGAGGAAGAUGAGGAGGGUUUGGACUAUGCAUCUUCAUCGCCGGAGUCGGCCACCGGAAUGAGAAGCUCACAAUCUCGCGGUACUCUGUCUCUGCUCGCUAUUCCUUUGUAUUUUUGGCAUUUCAAA